UCUUCAAAGACUCUUGAUGUCUUGAUUAUAUAGGAAUCUUACAUUCGCUUCCUCAUCAUUAAGAGUUUGAGCCAUGGCUGAAGUCCAAGAAUAUUUCAUGUUCUUCCUCAUUUGGCUUGUUUCCACCAUUCUAAUCCGAGCACUUUUCAGAAACCGAUCUUCUCCACACCUUCCUCCAAGCCCUCUAGCUUUGCCAAUUAUCGGCCAUCUCCAUCUUCUCGCCCCAAUACCUCACCAAGCUCUAGCCAAGCUCUCAUCGCGAUAUGGACCCUUGAUCCACAUAUACCUUGGUUCGGUUCCUUGCAUAGUUGCUUCAUCGCCUGAGAUCUGCAGAGAGUUGCUCAAAACACAUGAAAAUUCCUUCUCAGACCGACCCCAAACAGCAGCCACCGACUACCUAACUUAUGGCUCUCAAGACUUCUCAUUUGCUCCCUACGGGCCUUACUGGAAAUUCAUGAAGAAACUGUGCAUGUCUCAGCUUCUUGGAGGACAGACUCUGGACCUGCUGCAGCCGGUUAGGCGCCAUGAAAUAAAACACCUCAUUGAGUUUUUAUCAGUAAAGGCAAAUGGUGGCAAAUCGGUUGAAAUUGGAAGUGAGCUUAUUAGAAUGACGAACAACGUGAUAUCAAGGAUGGUGAUGAGUCGAAGGUGUUCCGAAGAUGAAACUGAAGCUGGGGGAGUUAGGAAACUGGUUCAGGAAACUGCUGAGCUUACAGGGAAGUUUAAUCUGUCAGACUACAUUUGGUUCUGCAAGAACUUGGAUUUACAGGGAUUUGGAAAACGGUUGAAAGAGGUACGAGACAGGUUCGAUGAAAUGAUGGAAAAGAUCAUAGAUGAACAUCAAAAUGAAAGAAUGAAAUUGAAGCAGAGAAGUGAGGAGGGAGAAGUUUCAAAGGAUCUGCUUGACAUUUUACUUGACAUAGCUGAAGAUGAAAGCUCAGAGAUGAAAUUAACAAGAGAGAAUAUCAAGGCUUUUAUCCUGGACUUAUUCGCGGCUGGAACCGAUACAUCAGCAAUCACAAUAGAGUGGGCAUUAGCAGAGCUGAUUAAUCGUCCAAACAUCUUGGCAAAAGCAGCUCAAGAAAUUGACUCUGUCGUGGGAAACAACAGACUUGUCGAAGAAUCGGACAUCCCCAACCUUCCAUACCUUCAGGCCAUUGUGAAAGAAACAUUAAGGCUUCACCCCACGGGGCCACUAAUUGUGAGGGAGUCAAGUAAAGACUGCACCAUCUCCGGGUACCAUAUUCCGGCCAAGACUCGACUGUUUGUCAACGUUUGGGCUGUCGGGAGGGAUCCUAACCACUGGGAAAACGGGCUCGAGUUUAGGCCAGAAAGGUUUCUUGGUGAGGAUGGGAAUGCAAAAGGGCAGUUGGAUGUUAGGGGGCAGCAUUAUCAUUUCCUGCCAUUUGGGAGUGGAAGAAGAGGCUGCCCUGGAACUUCACUGGCAUUACUUGUUGUUCAGACAACCUUAGCUGCCAUGAUUCAGUGCUUUGAGUGGAAGGUCGAGGGCAGUGUGGAUAUGGAGGAAGGGCCUGGCAUAACACUGCCUAGAGCUCAUCCCCUCGUUUGUUUCCCAGUGGUCAGGCAGAAGCUCAAUCCAUUUCCAUUAAUGUAAGAGAAAGAAUAGGUUUCACUUGUUACAAUUCAUAUGAAAUCUUGUCAAGACUUGAAGAAAUUAAUGUUGUAAAAUCAUUGCAUUCUGGCUAUUACAGUAUCAUAAAACAACACUUCCAGCAUUAAACUCCUGAUAAUUUCCUGACAAUA